AUGCUGGUCCAAGAAUUGUGGCGAACGGGAUGCGGAUGGGACGAAGAAAUAGACGACAGUGCGAUGCAGAAAUGGAACCGUUGGGUAGGCCUGUUGCCGCAAGUAGCCGCCUCCCGAAUUCCCCGCUGCUACAUCGGCGAUUGCUACUCAUCAGAAGUUGAUUCACUUCAGCUGCACAUCUUCAUGGACGCAAGUGAGCACGCAUAUGGUUGUGUUGCCUACUUCAGAGCGGUCGCAAAUGGUCAGGCCAAGAUUACUCUGAUAACCUCUCGUUCGAAUGUAUCGCCUUUGAAACGACAAUCGAUUCCGCACAUGGAACUGAUGGCGGCAGUUCUGGGAUCACGACUGUUGCGCACGGUACAAUCACAUCACUCCCUCCCGAUACACAAAUACUUUCUAUGGUCGGAUUCUCGAACGGUUCUCAGCUGGAUUCGUUCAGACCAGUUGAAAUACAAGCAGUUCGUGGCCUUUCGCAUCGGGGAAAUUCAGGAGAACACCAAUAUCUCCGAUUGGCGCUGGGUCCCGUCAAAAAUGAACAUCGCUGACGUUCUUACAAAAUGGGGGCAAGGACCUCCACUGCAAUCCAACAGCCCAUGGUUCAUUGGUCCAUAUUUUCUGCUGCAGUCCGAAGAUGAGUGGCCACUGGGACAGUUUCCGGCAGUUGAUAUAAGUGAAGAAAUGAGGGCUCAGGUCUUACAUCACGACGUCUCUAACAUCGGAUCAAUCAUCAAUGCUAAUUCAACGAAUCGUUUUGUUCGUCUUCUCCGAAGUACAGCCAACGUAGUUCGGUUUAUUGCAAACUGUCGACGAAAACUAGCAGGAAAUCCGAUUGUUGUUUCCAAAGCUACUCCGGGUCAAGAAUGCUUGUUAGAAACGAAAUUAAAAUCUAUUCAACAACCUCUUCAGCAAAACGAGUUACACGCUGCGGAGUUGAUAUUGUGGAAACAGGUUCAACGUGAUGGAUUUACGGAAGAGAUAAGGACCUUACAAAGAAAUCAAAUAUGUGAAGGUUCUCCGGGUCGAAUAACAAAAUCGAGCUUGAUUUACAAAAUGAAUCCUGUUCUGGAUACCGAAGGCAUUCUACGGGUCGGAGGCAGACUACAGCAGGCUGAAUUCGUUUCAUUUGAUAUGAAACACCCAGUUAUUCUUCCGAAAGACCGUGCUAUAACCAACAUGCUAAUCCUGCAGUACCACGAAAAAUUUGGUCAUGCGAAUCGAGAGACCGUGUGCAAUGAACUGCGUCAGCGGUUCUACAUCCCGAAAGUUCGACAAGCGAUUCGACAGGCUGUAAAUAAAUGCAUGUGGUGUCGUGUCAACAGAUGUAAGCCACUAACUCCCAUGAUGGCGCCACUGCCAGUGCAACGAGUAUCUCCACAACUUCGUCCGUUUAGCUCUGUGGGUGUAGAUUAUUUAGGACCCAUCUAA